AAAGAUGUGAGCACGACAAGUGGACGACCGAGUUCCAUCACAAAAAAUAUGAAUAUGCUCUUUCGUAUGUUGCGGGCAGGAGCAACACUUUUCUCGUCGCCGGUCGGAAUGACGAGCCGUGAGGGUGAUGAUCUUCGGGCGGAGACGGUGGAUGCAUGCUUUGCUUGUAAUUAAGCCUCGGAGGACAGAAGCAUCCAAUUGCUGCACUGGGCUGAAGGCGAGAGGAGUGUGUCGGAGGAGGUGUUGAGAGGAUGGUGGUGUCCGACGACUUGCCGAAGUGUGAAGCAAAUUACGCAGCACUCACUCCCAUAAGUUUUCUGAAACGAACGGCGUCCGUGUAUCCUGACAGGAAAUCUGUAAUCUAUGGGGACAGAGUGUUCACUUGGUCUCAGACUUUCGACAGAUGUCGGCAACUCGCUUCGGCACUGCGGUCUUUUAUCUCUGCAGGGGAUACGGUGCGUGACCACGUGAUUCCAUCAAUGAACAAGUGCAUUUUUCAUGGAUUGAAAGAACGAACUCAUUAUUGGGUCCUCAAGCUGAACAUCCUUCUUGCUCCGACGCAUACGUUUCGAGGUGGCUGUGAUCGCUCCCAAUGUGCCGGCCAUGUACGAGCUUCACUUCGGCGUGCCGAUGGCCAAUGCUGUGCUCAACACCUUGAAUACGCGGCUCGAUGUGCGCAUGUUGGCCCGGAUCCUGGGUCACUCGGAGGCCAAGGUGUUUUUCGUCGAUACAGAGUUUUUGGAGAUGGCUGAACAGGCCGUGCAGCAGUUGUCGAAGAAGCCCCUGAUUGUGCACAUCGAAGACAAAGCUUUCCAGGCACGAGCUGGACGGCCUGUGCAUCCGGAGUAUGAAGACCUUCUGAGACGCGGAGAUUCCAAGUUUCCGAUCUGCUGGCCGGCUGACGAGUGGGAGGCCAUUUCCAUAAACUACACGUCCGGCACGACAGCACACCCCAAAGGGGUCGUGUAUCACCACCGAGGAGCAUACAUUAAUGCUCUGGUCAGCGCUCUCGAUUGGCAGAUGCCUCAGGGCCCAGUGUUCCUGUGGACGCUGCCCAUGUUUCACUGCAAUGGCUGGUUGUUUCCCUGGACCAUAGCUGCACAAUCGGGCACCAACGUAUGCCUGAGGGCCGUGACGCCGAAAGCUGUGUUCGAUGCCAUAGCGCAGCACCGAGUGACUCAUCUGUGUGGAGCUCCAGUCGUCCUGAACAUGAUCUACUCUGCUCACGAGCGCGAGAAGAAGCCCUUACCGCACGCGGUGCACAUCCUGACGGGCGGAGCCCCUCCGCCCGCAUCUGUUCUUCUCAGGAUCGAGUCCUUAGGCUUCUCGGUGGAUCAUGGCUAUGGCCUGACCGAGAGCUACGGCCCUGCAACCAGCUGCAUCUGGAAGCCUGAGUGGGAUUCUCUGCCUUCGGAAGAACGAGCGAGCUUGAAAGCGCGGCAGGGAGUGGGUCACGUGGGGCUCGUUGAUGUGGAUGUUCUCGAUCCCCACACUAUGACUCCCGUGCCCCGGGACGGACAAACUAUGGGAGAAGUGAUGAUGAAAGGAAAUUGUCUUAUGAAAGGUUAUCUGAAAGAGCCGCAGCUAACCGAGGAAGCUUUUCGAGGAGGCUGGUUCCACACCGGGGAUUUGGGGGUGAUGCAUCCUGACAACUACAUUGCUCUGAAGGAUCGCUCGAAGGACAUUAUCAUAUCUGGUGGGGAAAAUAUAAGCAGUAUUGAGGUGGAGUCCGUUCUCUUUCGCCACCCACACGUUCUCGAGGCAGCUGUGGUGGCCCGUCCGGACGAGUUUUGGGGCGAGACCCCAUGCGCGUAUGUCACUCUCAACGAUCCUUCUUUCGUCGACAGGGUGACGGAAAAGGACAUCAUCGAGUUCUGUAGGAAUAAUCUGCCCAAGUACAUGAUUCCCAAAACUGUUGUGUUCCGAGACUUGCCCAAGACUGUCACGGGAAAAGUGCAGAAAAACGUCCUCCGAGAGCAUGCGAAGAAGCUGGGGUCCUUGAGGCCACCGACGAGCAAGUUGUAGGCAGCAAGUGAGGAACUAGAGAAUGCUUGCAGGUUUUCCAUGCAUGCAAAUACUUCGAUAGCUUGUCGAGUUCGGACCCGGAUCCACCACGUCCUUGUGCCUGCAAUUUCUCGGAGCAUAUUUCCAAGUGCUGUGCGUUGCAGUCAUUGCCUCUACGGUGAAGCUCGACCAUCACUGCACAAUGGAUGAAUUGAAAGACGAUGGGACAAGGCUCAUCUGGGUGAUACUGACGCAAACAAUACCAGAACGAAAGACUGCCUUGCCUCUCGACAGUUGCUUUUGAUCUGGUGAACAAAGUGUGCCACCCCAUUAGCGAAGGUUCGCAGUAUAUCUUUUGCGCACUGGAUGGCAAGGCGAUUGCCACUUCUGUACGAGUUUACGCCAUAUGAGAGUAUUCUGGACCAUCCGAUCUCUGAAUGAUAGGUCUGAGAAUACAGCCACUAAUCAGUGGGCUGUGGUUCUCUUCCACUUUGAUUUGCAACCUGUAAUUGCCCUAAACAUUAAUGGAUCCUGCUUCUAACAAAUCUACUUCUGUAUAUGUUAUAGUAGAUAAACGGCAAAGUUUUGGGCAUGCCAGGUGAAUCCAUCGAGCACGGCUAUGGGCGCCCCAUGGACUGCAGAGUUCUUUUAACUUUUCUGUGGGGGAUGAUUCAUAUUCUGGCGGUGACGUGGAAGUAGAUAGGUGGGUUCAGGUCCGUAGUCAGGGUUCUGAAGCAAACUCUGACUAAACCGGAUCGCAUGACAAUUUAGUGGAUCUAUGGGAUGAGGAUUCCUUAACAAUGAUUGAAAUUCACUUAUGAGCUUUGACUAUGAAGAGCACGCAUUUCAAAUUAUUGGUAACGACCAUAACACAACUCACUUACAACCGCAGUCUUACCAUCUUCUGUGAUUUACACUUCAAUGUUUACUACUGGCAUGCCAUAUUGGCUUGAGUAUACAAAUAAUAAUAAUACUCUUUAGU